AUGACACCGAGUGGUUGGUGCAUGACCAUUCCCGAAUCGUGCCAGAUCAGCUGUUUGAAAAUUACCUAUCUCACAUGUGCCACAGUGAUUACGACCAGUUUUAUCAUCGAAUGCAUUCUCAUCCAUCUGGUAGUUCAACCGUACAUUCACGAGUCGGCCUUCAGUCACACUAGUUGUACAUAUUUGCAUUCGGAUAUCAUUAAACAGAACGUGAAAUGCGAAAACAAGUGUUCCAAGGACCGAUCCCGAUUCCCCUGUUUGAAAGUGCUGGUCAGCUAUCACAGUGGGGGAAUGAAUCACACCGUGGUUCUGUACGACAAUAUUGCCACUUAUCAACAUUACAAAUAUCUCGGAGUAAGUGUGGAGAUUGUAUCACGUUAUGAUAUCGAUAGUAGUGCAUAA